AUGUUUGGUUCCACCAGUAAAAGGGGCACCUCCCUCUCGCCUGGAGACUCCGGACUGUAUCCUGAGUUCAAGGUAUCUCCUCCGGUGGUUCCCCUUACUGAAGUGGGGAGUCCGCGCCAGUGGUUCUUUGUUAACAACAAGGGCAUCCCCGUGUGCUGCUACACUUGGGAUGUGACCAGUGCCAAGGCCACCGUGGUCCUUGUCCAUGGCUAUGGAAGCCAUUGCAUGUAUGAGUGGCUUCGCACGGAUACACCGGAGACUGUUCGCGAGACCGCCGAGCCGUUGGAGAACUGCAACUCAAAGGACUCCCAGGGCACUGAGGAAGACCGCCACGAAGAGGUAAAAUUUUCGUGGUCCUGCUGCAAACCAACCAUCUCCGUUACUAGAACUCGCGAUGAAGCAACCUCCUCUUUGGGGUCUAGAGCUGCAUCUAUGAACGCAAGCGUGAUUGCAACCAACGAAGGCGCUGGGGGCUCAGACGUCCUAAAGCAAUCCAUCUUCAAUGUGCCAGGAUCCAGUCCGGAACAACCUCAGAUCCAAAGGGAAGAUGUGAUUCCGCAGAACGAAGCCCCCAAGCUAUCCUUCACGGGCUCUUGGGUAGAGAGGUUCCUAAAGCGGGGAUGGCGGGUGGUCGGGAUAGACUUGCAGAGCCAUGGUGCUUCACAUGGGUGGGAUGGCACCUCCUGCCAAGUACAGACAUUUGACGACUUUGUACAAGACAUCCGUACUCUUCUGCAGUCCGUCGCUAACGAAUCUUCCCUCCCCAUUUUCCUCGUCGGUACCGGCAUGGGGGGCUGUGCCGUGAUCAGAGCAGCAGAGCUCCUGUGCAAAGCAGGGAUGCUCGGAAAGGCCACCCUCAAAGUAGCUGAAGGGGGCACUAAAUCGCUGGCUGAUGAGCACCAGCUGGCUGAGGAGUCGAAAGCAGCCACUGUAUCCACGGCGAGUACUCACCGCGACCCUCAAGAAGCAGGACCCCAGAGGCCCCUUCUAGAAGGGCCCCUGGUUCCCACCUUGCGCGAGGGAUCGGAGGCCCAGGAAACAGUCCAGAGUCCAAUUAGUGCAGCGGCUGAGGCCAUGGGCGCCUCCCACCGAGUGAUCCGGCAAAAACCCGUCCCUCUGGCAGGUCUGGUGCUGCUCUCUCCCCUCCUGGAGGCGCCUCAAGGGGAAGAAUACCGUCCGAACUGUCUGAUAUCGCCUUUCUUGGGUGUCUUGAAGGACUGGCUGCCGCAUUGUGGCGUUGUACCUCGGCCGCAGAAUGACCUAUACCCAGACGUCGACGCUCUCUUCACCCAGGACCGCAAUACGUUCAAGGGCCCCUGUAGAAUCAACUUGGGUAUGGAGCUGCUUGAUGGAGUGAAGGCUGCACAGGCAGACGCCUACUGGCUGCGCCGGCCCAUCACGAGAGACGCCUUGAUGCCCUUUAGCCUCUCAGAUUGGGCCAAGCUGUUGCACCGCAAAUCGGCAGAAAAGUCGCAUACUGCGGAGGGCGGGGGCUCGCUCGUCAAGCGCUCCCUCAAAACGCAUCAAGGGCUGCACCAAGAGGCUUGGGGGACAAACAAUCACGAGAAGGCCCUUAAGCCAGUUGAAAGAGAAGCGCCGCAAGCACACUGGCUCUCAGUUCUAGUUGUGCAGUCGCUCGAUGACACUGUUGUCCCUCCACUGGGCUCCGUGCGUUUUUUCGAAAGGCUAGGAGGACGGGCUAAACUUCCUGAGGCGUGGGCAUCAAUCCGACGAGAAGAGCGACGGCUAGAGCGGGAGGCGCGCCGCGCUAUGAAGGCUGCAGAAGCUGAAGAAGUUAAAAAACAGGAGGAAGAAGAAGCUUCUCAGGAGGAUGCCGGGAAAGUUGAGUGGGGUCACAGGUCGUCCGCCGCCUUCGAAGCAGAGUUCCUCUCAAGGGCUGCCGAGAGAAUGGAGAACCAGGCCCUCUCCGACUUGCGGAAUGCAGAGAUUGCAUCGCGGAUUGCAGAAAUGGCUGCCGCAAGUGAAGAAGUGAAUGACGAGGCACAGGGAUUCAUGCAAGUUGCAGUGGAUGCUAUCAAGUCAGCCUCCGAUAUCAUGAAGCGGGCCAGUACUCUGGGGAGGCUGGCAUCCAGUGCAGAGACGCGCUUGGCUACCGCGAAUGGAGAGGCUGACCUGGCGCAGGCUUUUGCGAGGAUGGGAAUGAUGAGCAAAAGCUUUGAAACCCUUCAAACUCAAUCCAGGCUUGAAGUCAUGGAUAGUCCUACGGCCGAGAGUGGGACGGACUGCACAAGCGUGGGCGAAAGCUCAGCAUGCGAAUCGCAACCUGACGAGACAGUAGAGGUUCAGGAUCACCAGCAGGUAGUGGAAGAUAAGGCACCUGAAGUUUCAAGCCAGGCCAUGUGUGGGUGCUGCACAGGCAAGCAGACUGCUGAUGGAAAGCGGUCCAAAAUGUCGAAACGAAAUCAUGGCAGUAGCAACUUCUUCGCGUGCUGCACACCUGGCAUGAAACCCGAAGGAAAGAAGCAGCCAGCAGGGCUAUACUGGAAGCGCAAGAGGUGGGGAGCCGUGGAAGGUUUUGUAGUUGAUGAACAUGGCUGCAUGGUGAAAGUAGAUGAUGCCGAUGCACUCAUGAAAGAGGUGCGAGCAACCGGUUUGGACCCCCUGCCAGAAAUUGACUUGCAAACUGAAGGUAGCACGGACGAGGAGCUCGAAACAGAGCUGCCUGCAGACGAUAUUGAGGAGAAGUUCUCCACGAUCACUAACAUUGCUGAAGACGGUGCGUUGCAGCUGUGGCUGUUGAGAGGGCAUUGUCACAUGCUAACGAAGGAACCAAGAAAUGAAGAACUACAGUUGGACAUCAUUGAUAGGUUCAUAGAACCAACAAUUUCUCGUCUGUGCAAGUCAGAGGGAAGUCACCAGGUGUCGGCUUAA